AUGAAAGCUAUAUUUCUUGCUGCGCUGAUUGCCAUCAGUGGUAUAUCUUGUGGUCCUAUCUCAGUUAGUGAUAACAACAUCGGAGACAUCAUCAAUGUUGGAGUGAAUGUAGAAGCCGAAAUCAAAAGUGAGAUCAAUGCCGACAUUGUAAACAUUCUGGUCGCAUUGUUGGCGAACAUUGAUCUUGGACCUCGGCCGCCAUAUCCACCAACUGGACUGCCACCAACUGGACCUCCAACCUAUCCGCCAACCGGACCUCCAACCUAUCCGCCAACCGGACCACCAACCUAUCCACCAACCGGACCACCAACCUAUCCACCAACCGGACCGCCAACCUUCCCACCAACUGAUUUUCCAACAACUGGGCUGCCACCAACUGGACAGCCACCAACUGAUCUUCCAUCGACCACCACGAUUUCGCCCCCGCCAAGCACUACGGUAGAGCCAUCGCCGUUCUCCAGCAUCCACGUCAAUGAUCUGAUCAACACCAUUGAGAGCAUCAAACAACAGGCUUCCGGUGCGAAUUUGACUAAAGAGCAGAAAGAACAAAUCUGGAGGGACCACACUGAACAGUUUGUGCGAAAACUGAUGAACAAUAGGCAAUGA